AUGUCUCGCGCGCUGCACGUUCAGCUUUUUAGUCUUCUGGCAGAGCGCGUGACAGAUCCUUCCCAAGCACAAGAGACUACCAGCGAAGAAACCUCAAAACUUGAAUUUUCAGAAGAUGAGGAAAUGCUCAUUGCUAAAAUGUUUAACUUGGUCGGUGAAAGGUGGUCACUAAUUGCUGGAAGAAUCCCAGGAAGAAGUGCUGAUGAUAUUGAAAAGUACUGGAACUCGAGAUACUCCAAGUGCCAGGGCGAGAAUCUGCCGGAGAUACUGCACCAACCAAAAGAUGACGCUCAAACCAUUGGACUGAAAGAGGAAUCUGGGCAUUCAACGGAAAAACUUAAGGGGCAACAUCAACAACACGAACAACAUACCAGUGUAAUUUCACAAGUGGGCAGCAGUGAUAAUUUUACGUUCAAGUGACAACCGAGAAUGUGAACGUAAAAUUUUAGUAGCAGGUAAAUUUCCAUUUCUUUCAACCUUCAGGGGCUGGGCCUCAACAAUAAU